AUGUUGCGGGAGAAGGCUGCUGCGCUCUUUGCGCUUAUUGGAGCAGGUGCGCUGCUCGUAGCGCAGAGCGGAGCCCCGCAGGACGCAGCCGACACCAGCUGGCACCGCAUCAAUCAGGGUCCAAUGAGACUGAGCAUCACAACAGAGCGCGCUGUGGUGGUCAUUAUCGCAGCACUUGCCCUCCUCGUCCUGAGCUGGCUGUACCGACUUCUCUUUUGUCCCCUGUUGCUGCUCCGAACCCCGGAUGACAUGGGCUACGUCGCCGAAGACGGUCGCACCAAGGCGCAGGCAGCAAACCAGGUCCGCCGGAGGAGGAAAGUCGGGGAGCUGCCCCCCAUUUACCCCAACGGCUGGUACCGAGUGCUGGACUCCCACAUGCUGAAGAACGGCGAUGUUAAAAAUGUGUCCGUCCUAGGUGAACAGGUGGCAGUGUUUCGGGGCCAGGAUGGAAAGGCCUACGUACUGGAUGCCUACUGCCCUCAUCUCGGUGCCAAUCUGGCCGUUGGAGGGCAAGUGUCUGGAAACUGCCUAGAAUGCCCAUUUCAUGGAUGGCAGUUUCGUGGGAACGAUGGAAAGUGUGUGAAGAUUCCCUAUGCAGAAAAAGUGCCAGAGUUUGUCAGUGUUCAGCACUGGCGCAGCUGCGAGGUCAACCAGCAGAUCCUGAUUUGGUUUCAUUGUGAUGGAGAUAAACCGCAUUGGACCGUUCCAGAGCAGCAGGAGAUCACUAACGGGCAGUGGGUUUACCGGGGAAGAACAGAACAUUUUAUCAAUGCCCACAUAGAGGAAAUUCCUGAAAAUGCAGCAGACAUAGCUCAUCUGAACUACCUCCACACUCCAGGGAUUGCCAGCGGCGUAGAUCUGCGCUACACGCACAGCAAAACCUGGGAAUUUAUGCGUCAUAACUGGAAGGUUCAGUGGGAACCAGAGCCCGAGCCCAACGAGCAUUGUUCUCAAAUGGUCCUGAAACAUGCACUCACUGUAUUUGGAUGGCAUUGGCCUCUGCUGGAUCUACAUGUUGUGGCCAGACAGGUGGGUCCUGGACUGGUGUUUCUCCAGUUUAACCACAGCUUCUUGGGCCAGGGUAUGAUCAUGCAAAGUGUGACACCCGUGGAGCCUCUUUUGCAGUGUGUAUCUCACAGCAUAUUCUAUCAGUCCAACACGCCAGCGGUGGUGCCCAAAUUCCUACUGAAAGCUGAGUGCAUUCAGUUUGAACGGGAUGUGAUGAUCUGGAACUAUAAGAAGUACAACUCCAAGCCUGUCCUCACCAAGGAGGACUCUGCCAUCCGGAAGCACAGACGCUGGUACAGUCAGUUCUACAGUGAGAACAGCCCACGCCUGCAGUACCAGCGUGAUACUUUAGACUUCUGACCUCCUGGACAUUCUGGAGGCCUGCUCAGCUGAGAAUACGUCAGGCCAGGAUCAACAAAUCAUCCCAGAAGAGAGCCAUCAAGUGCUUUUUACUGUAUGUCACAUCUUAAAUGCAGAGGUGUCAAGUAACGAAGUACAAAUACUUUGUUACUUUACUUAAGUAGAAAUUUUGGUUAUCUAUACUUCACUGGAGUAAUUAUUUU